AUGUCCUAUCUGAACAACGUUGCAAGCGAGCCCGAGGACCGCCACGUCGUGCACCCCCGUGACCGCGAUGAGCGGCGCACGGGCAGCCAGAUUAACGUCGAAGCGCCGGUCGUCCCCAGCGACUCGGGGCACUUCAUCUCGGAGGGCGCGGACUCGCGCGAAGGCUUCGAGGCGCGCCAGGCGCGCGGGGAGUUUGCGGAUGGCGGCGAGAGCGGGACGAAUCUGAGCUACGGGCAGGGACAGCAGGAGAAUGCUGAGACACCGGGGUUGGGUCAGCGGAUGAAGGGGAGUCUCGAGAAGGUUGCAGGAAAGGCCAUGAGAGAUCCGGGGUUGGUUGAGAAGGGAGAGGCUCUGAAGACCAAUCAGCCGGGCAACAAUAUGUGA